CAUAAGGGAGCAGCUGCCGUUGAGACCUCGCAGCCUGCACUGCUACGUCGCAAACGCAACGCCGAGCACACCGGCGUCAUCUUGUUCGGGAAAAUUCAUCAUGAUGACAUUCGAUGUCAUGCGUGACCUGCUGCGGGCUGCCACCCAUGCGCCAUCUGACCACCCGACGGGCGGCGCUCACACAGUUGAUGAGCUGGCUUUACUCCGAGGCAUCGGUCACGCGAGCAUCGCGUCGCCGCUUCACGUGGAUCCGAGGAACACAGACUGCAUUCUUCUCGGCAAAUGCGCUAUCGCGCAUGACCCAUAUGAAUACGUCGGCUGUUGGGACACCACGUGCCGGAGAGGCCAGUGGGGACUCAUGCUUUUGCUUCGCUGGCUGAACGGUGGAGAACGCCUGGAACUGUCCACCAGGCUCGAGAUUGGCGACUACAAGCACUUGUUCGAAGAGACAAGACUUGCGCUGCGUGGCAACCAUGAGGAAAGCGACCAAGAGGCGGUUGACCUCAGCCGAGUAGCCGGAGUGGCGCUGUAAUACGUAGCGGUAUAGUUCGUCUGCGACCAGUUUUGAUGGGGCGAACUCACUGAUUCGUGUAAACAGGAUUUAGGUGAUCAACUUGAGGAGCAUCAUCAAUUAAAGCU